GAUUUUGGUUGUAUAUUUUCUUCGUUUAGGUCAGCAGAUAGCCACAGGUAUACUAUCGGGGAUGCUGCUUGCCAUGCUGUGUUUCAUCCUGUGCAGAUGUCGACCUCUCAAACAAGCCCAUAAAGUGUUUGAUCCAGAAAAGAAGUCCUUAGUGGGUGACACCGACCUUGAAUUAAAGGACACGAAAACGACCUCGAACUUAGAGGAAUCCAUCACCGAGGUCAAGGUUGACUUCUCACUUCGAGACCAAGAAAAAGAAGACGCUGUGUCGGAUGAUAGCGCUGUCGUCGCUGGAUCCUCAGUUGAGAGCGUUAACGUGGAGAGUCUUCGGGAACACAAGCCUGACGGCUCCGAUGAUAGAGCCAAGGGCAACCAUGGCCCAACAUCCGACUCUCCAGAGCAAAGGGACGUAAGGUGUGACAGCAAUGGCUCCAGUCAGGACACCCGCGGGAUCAACCCAACGCUUGAUGAUCAAUCAGCUGAUAUAAGACUUGCAAUUGACAAGCCUUUCAGCAGUGUAUAUAAACAUGCGGCAAUGCCAAAUAAUGGCAUUCGGUCACAAGAGGCAUGAGAUAGACACGUCAGGAAAUAAGAAAUUGACCAAUCAUGUCGACAUGAAACAGGCUGAUCCGAGUUUACCGAGCAGACAACGAGAUAUGACCCCACCAUUGUGUUUGACAGGGAUAAUUUUACACCAGUUAUUUCUACGACUUUUCGAUAUGUGUCCGUCUCCUCGCGGCAACUCGACCAUUGGUUAUAAGAAAUUAUUUAACGUAUAAUUGAAUCAAACUACAGUGGAUAAUACGCUAAUCAGAAGCCAAAGUAAAUCCUCAACGAUGCGACAAUAUAUGUCAACCCACAGGCGGACAAGUUCCAAAGUUUACAAGUAGCGAAAAGCUCAAGGCAAAAGUUAAUGUGAGACGUUCCUCAAGGUAUAAUGCGACCUGGCGUGACGUCAGUUACUGUAACAUCACAUGAACGCUAAAUAAUUUAAGGAAAUUACAUGAAUGCUAACAUCCUGUGCCAAAAGCGGACAAGUCGUCAAUGGCACCACAGUUCAAUGUGCAGAAUUUCUGCGCAAGAGAAACCGAUGAGCGCAGAUUAAAAUUCCCGAUUUUCACGUAUCUUGUUUAUUUGUUAGUCAGUAUUGUCGAUGGAAUUCUCUAAAGGGGCUUAUGACAAUGUAGUUGUGAAAGAUGUGUUAUGUCGGAUGUAAACUUCGAGUAUUUGAGAACAACAGAUAUACUAAAUAUAUGCCUUAACAUUCAGCCAACUGACAAGGCAAAGAUGUGGAACCCAGAAUCGCCACUUUUGAAAAUAACUUCCCCCCCA